ACGGCGGGAGUGAAGUCGGCGGGACCGACCGCUGUACUUCAUCUCCCGGCGGGCCGAGCGCUGAAGGCGGUGGCGCGGCGCCUUUGUGGAAGCUGUGGCAUCGCGCGGAGGAAGUUCCGGUUUCCGCGGCGUUGGGUCGGUGGUGGCUGCUGAGAAGAAGGAGGAGCGGGCCUUGGGGGCUGCGCGGCCUCGGUACUGCUAUAACCAGUGUUUGUUAGAACAAGAAUCUACUUAUUGGGGUCUCUUGACAUAGAAAGAAAUGUGGGGGGAUUCUCGAUCUGCUAACAGAAGAGGACCUUUUCGUGGGAGCCAAGAAGAAAGGUUUGCUCCCGGGUGGAACAGGGAUUAUCCUCCUCCUCCCCUUAAGAGUCAUGCUCAAGAGAGACACUCUGGCAACUUUCCUGGCAGAGAUUCACUUCCCUUUGAUUUCCAGGGACAUUCGGGGCCUCCCUUUGCAAAUGUAGAGGAGCGUUCUUUCAGCUAUGGAGCUAGAGAUGGACCACAUGGUGACUAUCGAGGAGGGGAGGGACCUGGACAUGAUUUCAGGGGAGGAGAUUUUUCAUCUUCUGAUUUUCAGAGUAGGGAUUCAUCACAGUUGGACUUCAGGGGUAGGGACAUACAUUCUGGGGAUUUUCGGGAUAGAGAAGGACCACCUAUGGACUAUAGGGGUGGGGAUGGUACUUCUAUGGAUUAUAGAGGUAGAGAGACAUCUCACAUGAACUAUAGAGACAGGGAUACUCACACUGUUGACUUCAGAGGUAGGGAUACUCCUUCAUCUGACUUCAGGGGCCGGGGCACUUAUGAUUUAGAUUUUAGAGGUCGGGAUGGAUCCCAUAUAGAUUUUAGGGGGAGGGAUUUAUCAGAUUUGGAUUUCAGGGCCAGAGAUCAUGCCCGUUCUGAUUUUAGGAAUAGAGAUUUAUCAGAUUUGGACUUCAGGGACAAAGAUGGAACACAGGUAGACUUUAGAGGCCGAGGUUCAGGUACUACUGAUCUAGACUUUAGGGACAGGGAUAUACCACAUUCAGAUUUCAGAGGUAGACACCAAUCCAGAACUGAUCAGGAUUUUAGGGGUAGAGAAAUGGGACCUUGUAUGGAAUUUAAAGAUAGGGAGAUGCCCCCUGUGGAUCCAAAUAUUUUGUAUUACAUUCAGCCCUCUACACAAGUUAGAGAACAUGCUGGUAUGAAUGUGAACAAGAGAGAAGACUCCACAUAUGAUGAUACCAGAGAAAGACCUGCUUUUGUGAUUCAGAAAGGAGAGUUCAAGUAUUCAGAAACAAGAGAAGGAGAUACAGAAGUUGUAGCCUUUGAGGGUGAGGGUGAGUCUCCAUCAGACUUUCAGAACAACCAAAGUCCAAUUCAAGACCAAGAUGAGCCACAGCUUUCUGGAGGUAAACAACAGAAUUCAGAUGCUAGUAUGUUUAAAGAAGAAGGUGGUCUGGACUUUCUUGGCCAGCAAGAUACUGAUUAUAGAAGCAUGGAGUACCGUGAUGUGGAUCACAGGCUGCCAGGAAGCCAGAUAUUUGGCUAUGGCCAGAGCAAGUCUUUUCCAGAGGGCGAAACUGCCCGAGAUGCCCAACAGGACCUUCAGGAUCAAGAUUAUAGAACUGGCCCAAGUGAGGAGAAACCCACGAGGCUUAUUCAAUUAAGUGGGGUGCCUGAAAAUGUUACAAAAGAAGAGAUUCUUAAUGCCUUUCAGACUCCUGAUGGCACGCCUGUAAAGAACUUGGAGUUGAAGGAACGUAACACAGGUUACGACUAUGGCUAUGUCUGCGUGGAGUUUUCACUCUUGGAAGAUGCCAUCGGAUGCAUGGAGGCCAACCAGGGAACUCUGAUGAUCCAUGACAAAGAGGUUACUCUUAAGUAUGUACCAAGCCUGGAUUUUUGGUACUGCAAACGAACGGAGCCUCAAGCUGUCCCCCUGGCUUCUAGAGAUUCUGUUUGUGUUCCCUUAGCAACAGAGACCAAGCAAGAAUUAAUAACCUACCCUCAGCCUCAGAAAACAUCCAUACCAGCAUCAUUGGAAAAACAGUCCAGUCAGCCCCUAAGACCAGCUGAUAAGGAACCUGAACCUAGGAAGAGGGAAGAAGGACAAGAAUCACGCUUGGGACAUCAGAAGAGAGAAACAGAAAGGUAUCAGCCUCCUCGAAGAGAAGGGCUCACCUUCCGAAGAGACCGAGAGAAGGAGCUGUGGUCUGGAGAGACACGCCAGGAUGCAGAGAGCAAAACAAUCAUGCUAAAACGCAUUUAUCGUUCCACUCCUCCUGAAGUAAUAGUGGAAGUCCUAGAGCCCUAUGUCCACCUUACUACUGCUAAUGUCCGUAUCAUCAAGAACAGAACAGGCCCUAUGGGCCACACCUAUGGCUUUAUUGACCUCGACUCCCAUGCGGAAGCUCUUCGUGUGGUGAAGAUCUUGCAGAACCUCGAUCCACCAUUUAGCAUUGAUGGAAAAAUGGUAGCUGUAAACCUGGCCACUGGAAAACGAAGAAAUGAUUCUGGGGAUCAUUCUGACCACAUGCAUUACUAUCAGGGUAAAAAAUAUUUCCGGGAUAGGAGGGGAGGUGGCAGAAAUUCAGACUGGUCAUCAGAUACAAAUCGACAAGGGCAACAAUCGUCAUCUGACUGUUACAUAUAUGAUUCUGCUACUGGCUACUACUAUGAUCCCUUGGCAGGAACUUAUUAUGACCCCAAUACCCAGCAAGAAGUCUAUGUGCCCCAGGACCCUGGGUCACCUGAAGAAGAAGAGAUCAAGGAAAAGAAACCCACCAGUCAAGGAAAGUUAAGUAGCAAGAAGGAUACCCCUAAAAGAGACAGCAAGGAGAAAAAAGACAGGGGAAUGACACGGUUUCAGGAAAAUACCAAUGAAGGGAAGGCCCCCCCAGAGGACGUCUUUAAGAAGCCCCUGCCUCCUAUUGUGAAGAAGGAAGAGAGUCCUCCUCCACCUAAGGUGGUAAACCCAUUAAUUGGCCUCCUGGGUGAAUAUGGAGGAGACAGUGACUAUGAAGAAGAGGAGGAGGAACAGACCCCUCCCCCACAGCCUCGAACAAUACAGCCCCAGCAGCGGGAAGAGCUGACCAAGAAGGAGAAUGAAGAAGACAGACUCACUGACUGGAAUAAACUGGCUUGUCUGCUCUGCAGGAGGCAGUUUCCCAAUAAAGAAGUUCUAAUCAAACAUCAGCAGCUGUCAGACCUACACAAGCAAAACCUGGAAAUCCACCGGAAGAUAAAACAAUCUGAACAGGAGCUAGCCUAUCUGGAGAGGAGAGAACGAGAGGGAAGAUUUAAAGAAAGAGGAAAUGAUCGCAAGGAAAAGCUCCAAUCUUUUGACUCUCCAGAAAGGAAAAGGAUUAAAUACUCCAAGGAAACUGACAGGUUGGUCCAGAAAUACUUGUGGUCAAAGACCAGCCCUGAGGCUAAUGAAUUCAUAGGACUCACUUCAUUGUUGGUCUCUGUUUUGCAGACUGAAGGCCGGGUGAGGGGCUCCAGCCUUGGGACCCCAGGAAGAACCAGCAAGAGACAGUCCAAUGAGACAUACCGAGAUGCUGUUCGAAGAGUCAUGUUUGCUCGGUAUAAAGAACUCGAUUAAGAAUAGAGAUAAUUCCUCCAGGACACACCUCUUCUUGUUUUGUCUGUCUGUCUCUCCCUUUUGUUUUGUUACUGUUCUUGCUGCUAGAACUUUUUUAAAUAAACUGUUUUUCAACGUGA